CCAGUCCCUCUGACUAUUCGCGCAGCAUCGUUCGAUAGGCACGUGACUGUUAAGAUUUACACCACGUGUGUGAGAGAACGUCACUUCCUUCACAGUGUCUUCCGUGAUUACUUAUUUUUUUCUUUGGAUGCUACAAACACCCCCUUUCACCUGCUGCUGCUUUUGUUUCCUUCUCAUCUAAUAAAAAAAAAAUAUUGAAAUUUUCGGAACAAAAGUCUGACGUACCGAAUGUUUUCACCAAUCCACUCGAAUCGGCACAAGGAUAAGAACGAUCAGGACUUUUCCGAACUCGUGCCAUCUUGACCCUGGAAAAUAUUCACCCCUGCCCUCCCUCUAUUGUUUAAUGUGAUAUUUUUUAAGAAGAAAAAAAGUUAAAAUUUAUUUAAACAUAAAAUAAAAAAACUUUCUUUAAUUAACGAACGUUUUUUUUGGUGACUUUUUUAAAAGUGAAAUCGGGGUGUUUACAUUCUUGAUAUCAAUUCUUCAAAAAAAAAAGUUUAAAGAAACUAGUGAGACCACGAAUAGACUUUUAAGUGAAGUGACAACUUUUUCAUCAGGACUAAUUAGCUUCAUUCAAUAAAAGUAAAAAUGGCGUCGGCAGCUGCUGAACUGGUAGCUGAAAGAGAAUCUGUGCCACGACAUGAAAUAAUUAAGGACACAAACAGAUCAUUCGUAGGGGCAGAAGGCCUUGUUCGAAUGGCUUUAGAGCAAUAUACUGAAAUUUUAACAACUGCUUCUGAUCCAAGAGUAAGCAAUUGGCCCCUAAUGGAUUCCCCAUUUCCAACUUUUGCUAUUGUGCUUUUGUAUUUGUAUUGUGUGGCGAUCCUUGGUCCACGAAUUAUGGUGAACAGAAAACCCUUUCGCCUCAGGAACGUACUUGUUGCUUACAACGCUUUUCAAGUAGUCUUUUCACUUGGAAUGAUGUACGAGCACUUAAUGUCAGGAUGGUUGCUAGAAUACAGCUACAAAUGUCAACCAGUCGACUACUCACACAAUCCUUCAGCCCUUAGAAUGGCUAAUCUUUGUUGGUGGUAUUUCAUAAGCAAAUUUACGGAAUUUGCCGAUACGAUAUUUUUUAUCCUACGAAAAAAGGACAGUCAAGUCACCUUUUUGCACCUUUAUCAUCAUUCCUUGACACCCCUCGAAACAUGGAUUUGUGUCAAAUUCAUUCCAGGUGGUCACGGUACUCUCGGAAACUUAAUAAACAACGCUGUUCACGUGGUGAUGUAUUUGUACUACAUGUUAUCAGCAAUGGGACCUGAGUACCAGAAAUAUCUUUGGUGGAAAAAGCAUUUAACAACAGUACAACUGGUCCAGUUCUUCUUGGUGUUCAUCCACAGUGCUCAGGCUUUAGUAUUCGAUUGUGGAUAUCCGAAACUCGUUGCUACUCUUCUCUUACUUCACUCAACAAUUUUCUUCGCCUUGUUUUCAGACUUCUACAGACAAGCUUAUCGCAAAGAAAAAUUGUCGUCCGUCACGAAAGAACUUAAAUCCAAGUAAAGAAGUAUCAGAAAAAACCUUGGUUGUCAGAUGGACGAGAUACCUUUUCGCUUUAAUCUAGUCCUACUCGUGCCUGAUUCUCGAUCGCAAUAAGCCAUGGGCGGAUUAUGCGAGCAAAGAUGAGAACAUAGAUCGAGAAAGAAAUCGCGAGACGGCGUUUCUGUCACGCCAAAGAUUCUUGGAUCGAAUCGACCUUUGAUAAUCUAAAUUAUUAAUUAUAAAAAAUUAUCCUUAAUUUUAAAAAUCAUACAACUAUAAGACAAAUAUGUAAUUCAUAUUAAAAUUUUAAUAAAUAUAUCUAUUGUAGUGUU